CCACUUCAGACGCAGAGACGCGUUGCGCUUGAUUGCUGGCGAAGCUGGUCCUUGUACGGCAACACGCUUCACUUGGGGGUUUUCUUUACCUCUUUGGAAAUGAAGGUGAAACAAAAGGACUGACCUCAAGUUGAUCUACCAAGCCAUGUUUCACUACUGAGUCCGCUUGGUGGAGGAAAUUAAUUGUUCGCUUCAGAGGCCUGAGGACCAUGCCAGAGGGGCGUCCUAGUGCUCUCCACCGGGACCCAAUGGGGGAAGAAUGUGCUCAGCUGCGCUCGCCUCUCUCCGCCAGCGAACACCCUCCGCCCUGCGCGGACCCCCACCCGUACGGUCACCCGCGCCUCUGCAGGGCCCCCAGGGAGGGGUCCGGCCGGAGGCCCGUGAGCCUGGUGUCCACCCUGUCGUCGGACUCGUCCCGGGACGGCCUCAGCCUCUUCGGGAGCACGGCGACCCUCCAGCCUCCCUCCUCCUCCUCCUCCUCCUCCGCCACCCCCCCGCCCUGCCCCAGCGAGGAGGACGUGGACCUCCGGCUGAGCCCCAGCCAGGGCAACGGCGUGCAGGGAAGGCGGCAGAGCCCGUGCCGGGGGGCCCCCUGGGGCCAGUGGGCUGAGCAGAGGGAGGGGGUGGUUCUGGGCUCCCAGAGGAACUAUUGCCACGCAGAGAGGACCUGCAGUCGAAGAGGAGGAGGAGGAGGAGGAGGGCCUUCUUACGGCCAAUCGUCGCCGGUCGCCGCAGACGCCAUGGCGCCCAACCCCGAGCUGUCCUACGUGGACCGCGUCGUCAUGGAGAUCAUCGAGACGGAACGCAUGUAUGUGCGGGACCUCCGCAGCAUCGUGGAGGAUUAUUUGGCUCAGAUCAUCGACGCAGGAGACCUUCCCAUACUCCCAGAACAAGUCUGUGCCCUCUUCGGAAACAUAGACGAUAUCUAUGUGUUCAACAGUGAGCUGCUGCAGUCCUUGGACCUCUGUGAGAACGAUCCAGUGGCCAUCGCCAGGUGUUUUGUUGACAAGAGUGAAUACUUUGUAAUCUACACACAGUACUGCACCAACUACCCCAACUCCGUGGUGGCCCUCACGGACUGCAUGAGGAGCAAGACCCUGGCCAAGUUCUUCAGGGACCGCCAGGCCUCCCUGAAGCGCUCGCUCCCCCUCGGCUCCUACCUGCUCAAGCCGGUCCAGCGAAUCCUCAAGUACCACCUGCUGCUGGAGGAAAUCGCCCGGCACUAUGACCCCGAGGAGAUUGGCUACGAGGUCAUCCAGGAGGCCAUCGACACCAUGACCGGCGUGGCCUGGUACAUCAAUGAUAUGAAGAGGAAGCAUGAGCACGCAGUCCGACUGCAGGAGAUCCAGUCUCUUCUGAUCAACUGGAAGGGCACGGACCUCACCACCUACGGAGAGCUGGUGCUGGAGGGGAGCUUUCAUGUGCCGGGAGCCAAGAACAGCCGGACCCUCUUCCUGUUCCAGAGGACGCUGCUCAUUACCAAGAAGAGAGGGGAGCACUACGUCUACAAGAUCGACAUCUCGUGCUCCACCCUGAUGCUGCUGGACAGCGCUAAGGACCCCCUGACCUUCAGCGUCAUCCACUUCAAGCACCCCAAGCAGCUCCAUACUGUGCAGGCCAAGUCCGUGGAGGAGAAGCGCCUCUGGGCAAGCCACAUCAGGAGGCUCAUUCUGGAGAACCACAACACCAUUCCAAAGACGGCCCAAGAAACGUUCCUGGAAAUGGAUUCCGUGUGUGCUGGGAGGUACCGCUACAGCCCGGAGAGGCAGAAUAAAGUGGGGUCCUACCAGGCGGACGACUUCGCGGUCGCGGGGAGACCGGAGCGCAGGAGAUCAGAGCCUGCUAAGCAAAUCGUAAGGAGCACGAAAGCAUUUUUGAAGCACGCAGACAGUGAGGGCACCCUGCUCGGGGACUUGUGCUCCCUGCAGCCUGCUUCUAGUGUCAGUACGCUGGCCUCCAGUGUAGGCGAGCCCCAGGCUGAGGGCCCUGGUGUGGAGGAGGAGGAUGUUGAGGAGCACAGCCCGAAAAGGCACUCUCUGGAGCAGCUGUGUCCUAGUGACGUUGAUCCUAAACUGGGCUCAGCGCCCAGCGAGCGAGGGCUGGAGGAGAAGGCGCAGCGUCAGCGGGAGGAGGAGGUGGAGGAGGAGGAAGAGGGGGAUUGUUACAAGGAGGAUAUACUGAUGGGAGACGACCAGGUAGCCGACUUUGCGAGCUCCAUGAUGGCAGCCAUCUCCUGCUGGCACUAUAGGGCGAGGGCUUUGCUUUCUGCUCCCUUCACAACGGAUGUCCAGAACAUGGAUGCUGAGAACAUGGAUGCGGCAGAAGAGCAGGACUCUCGCACGGGCGAUGUGCUGGAGAGCUCCACUCAGGAUGUACCCAGUGAGAAGGCGGAGGACGACGUUCACUGUGCCCAGGUAAAGGUGGAGGAGCCCUCCUCUCCACAUCGUGAGGAGGACCCGGAGGUGGACAGCAUGCUCAUGGAGGUGAACCACUCCCACUUACCCGAGUCUCCCACCUCCGCCCCUCUGUCGGCGGAGAACCCGGAUCCUGUCCCCGACAUCCAAGAACCCCUAGAGGUGUCUAUGGAGAAUGGAGAGGAGACGGCGGCGGAGAGCGACGGCUCUUGUCUCCUCCAGCCCGGAGACAGCAGCACUCUGAGCUUCGGGGAAUACUCGGAGGAAGACGAGGAGAUGCCCGUCGGGCGCGAGAGCAUCCUGCCUCCGUCGGUGUCGGACGGGGCCGGCAUGAUCGCCGAGCACCUCACCAGCAGCGGGUGCAGGAGGAGCAGUUUGGUCGCAUCAGAGGACCCUCAACGCUCGGCUGGGCCCUCGCCCCCGCCGGAGGGCCCCCGGCCCUCGGACGAAUCCUCCUUUUGCUUGGAGCUCCGGGAGGAAGAGGCAGACACGUCGGACAACGCAUCCCCAGAGCCGCGGCAGGCUGCCGAGGCCAGCCGACCCGUCACGCCCGCCGCGCAGGAAGCGGCGCCGCCGGAGGACUCCCUGGACGACGUGGAGCGCCGGUCCACGCUCUCCAAGCAGGACCGCCUGCUCAUCCACAAGAUCAGGAGGUACUACGAGAACCAGGACGCCAGCGCCGGCAUCAAGCGGCGGGAGAGCCUCUCCUACAUCCCGGCCGGGCUGGUCAGGCACCUGAGCAAACAGCUCAACAGCACCCCGCGGGCCGACCCCACCCCCGUGCACAGGAAGGGCUCCUCCCCCAGCCGGCCCACGUCCUGGGCCGUGUUCGACCUCCCGGGCUUGGAGAAGAAGCCCGGCGCCGAGCCCGCCGCUAAACCCCAACGCCAGAGGUCGGUCGAGGCCAGACCUUUGCCUCCGAGCGUCAGCGACGCCUCGGCGGCCGACGACGGCGGCUUCAGACCGUCCUCGGACAUGCUCAAGAUGUGGAACGACAUGGAGCUGGGGAUGAACGGCUGCCCCGAGGAGCUGCCCGUCAUCGAUCCGAGCGACGAGGAGAUUCGUCCCGUUCCUGGAUCAGAGAGUCGGAUCUACGGCCACAUGAGGUCAGACACGCUGGGCGGAUGCACCAGGGAACGAACAUUGCACAUAUUGGAGGAAUGUGAAGCGGAGCUUCUCUCUGAACACUCUUCCACAUCGGCGACCACGUCACCCCUCACAGGAAGUGAGGGUGAGUACGCGGAGGACCCCUGGCUGAGUACAGCUCCCCGGUGCGGUGGGAACGGCAGGGUGGCCCGCGCCCCGCUGCCCAGGAUCAUUAGCCUCCGAUCGGGCGUGGAGGACGACCAGAUCCUGCAGGACAUGGGGAAGGUGAAGAACAAGGUGUUCCAGCUGGCACGACAGUACAGCCAGCGCAUCAAGAACAACAGGCCUUUAAUCAGGCCGAGGAACCGAGACUCUGAAAACCCACACGGCCUCAAGGGCAUGCCCGCUGUCCACGAGGAGAGCAUGCCAUCCUGGGAAAACGGUGAACACACCCUGACCUAUCCCUUGAACACUUGCGAUCAGGUAAACGCCGUCGAUGAACCCCCGACCCCACCCGCCGACCCAUCCCCGGGGCCCAGCUCCAGGGCCACCACCCCUCAGGCCGUGUCCUCGCCCUCCUCCCCCUCCCGCGCCCCCAGCCUCCCCAGCAGCCCCGUGGACUCGGAGCCCUUCCACUGGCCCGACGUGCACCAGCUGUGCUCCAGGUACACCGGCCCCCGCUCGGGGCCGGGGGCCGGCCCGCCGCCGGUGGGCCGCAGCUGCUCGGUCCCAGAGAGGAUGCUGGAGCUCUGCACCGGCGGGCCGGGGAGGCCGCCAUGGAGCCCUACAGCCACACAACCUCUAACUCCUCGUCCGCCUUGGGACUCGGCCGAGGGCCAGUGGGGCGGGGGGGCGCAGCGGAGGGGGAGUCCCACGAGGGAGGGCGGGGGGUCCCGGCCGGGGCCCCGCCUGCUGUGCAGGUGGGGCUCCCUGGACAGCGUGCCGGCGGCGGCCAGCCGGCCCCUCCACGAGCUGCAGAACCUCCAGGACCCGGUGAGGCCCGGCCACGGGACACUGCCCGCCCAACACAAGGUCAAGGAAGGGACGACCGCAGGAAGUGAUGUCUGUCUCAAGGAAGCCCAGCACGGCGUCUUCAAGAGGCCCGCAGCCCCGCACGGGAACAAGAAGACGGAGAGUAGGAUCGUGAGGAACCUGCGGGAGAAGUUUCAGAGCUUGGGUUCCGGUUCGUGAGCCCUGUUGUGUUUGUUUGUGUCUAACUUUCUGUUGACAGCCAUGGGACAAUCAUGCAGACGUUAUGUGCCUUACUCUGCCAUUUUUCACUUUUUGUCAUGGAAUUCGAUUUUGUACUGCACAAUCAAUCGUUGUCAAGUUCCUAUAGUGGACACUGGGUGAGAUUUUUUUAUUUUUGCUAUCACCAAAAUGUAAUAUAAAAGGGAUAUUUUGUUAAUUGGUACACUGCUACAAACAGCCGUAUGUAUAUUUUCCUUGACAUUGUGUAAAUGCUAUAUUUACCUUCAGGUUUUUGCAUACACUGUAAAAUGCAAUCUUUAUAUAAAGUCAUGUUGUUUGCCGUACAACUUGAAAGUAAUGUUCAGUACAUUGCAGGGUUGUUGUAAAGCAUAAUCCCACUUGUAUUAUUACAGUAAGUCUAAUGUUAUGGAUAUAAUUGAAGGGGAUUUCAUGCUGAGUAUGCAUAAUUAUGCCAUUCCACGAAAACAAAGAAAGACUGAUCCCCUGGCCAUGUAACUACUGUAGUGGCUCACAAUAGAGUUAUCAUUACAGCAGCUCAUCACAGGUCGGGGGGACGGGGGACGGGGGACGGGGGACGGACAGCCUUUCUACAGACUUAUUUGCCUCGGACGUUAAGCUCCUUUUACCAGGACUGUUUUCAUAUCCUCACUGGAGCUCUUGAGCCUCAAUGACUUGUAUAUUGUUGCCAUGUUAUUUAUGAAGAUGUAUACUUUAAACGAAAAGUUAUCAUUUAAAAAUUGAAAAUGC